CCUCGUUUCCGACGCGAAGGCUUCUGGGACUUGGAGACGGCGAGUGACUGUCGGCGAAGACUGCAGACGCUCUGUGUGCUGGACAAAGGAUAUACCGACAGGAUUUUUAUAGUUUUGUUUUAGCACCAUGACACAGGAUCUGUACCUCAAGAGUGAGACAACGAAACGCUACGAAAUUCCAUUGACACAUCUAGACUACGAAUAUAUACGAAAUUGUUCAGAUGUUAAAGAACUUGAGAAGAUUGUAAAGAUCUUGAGGUCGGGAGAUGAGGGCUGUUAUCCGGAUCUUGAAAAACAAGCAGAGGACAGGCUACAGGAUCUUGACCCCAAAAGCCGUGUGCUCCGUAGAGAUGCCCCCGUUCUGACUCAUCGUGAUCUUAACAAGUCAGAGCUGGAUACCCUGGAAGCUGAUCUUCAGAACUGGCAGAGCAGCAUGGAGACCAGGGAGAAGGUUCUGUCUUCAGAGCAAAACAACAAAGGGAAGGAAACAGAAGAGGCCAAUGCUAAUGCUGCUCAGCCUCCUGUGCGAACUGGUGCUGUUAUCUCAGGUUCUAAAAAGGUGAAAAAUGACACAGACAUGAAAAGCAAGUCAAAUAAGAAAGUAAUGCCACGCUUUAAGGAGUGGGACAAGUUUGAUGCUGAUGGGGAAGUGGAGAAGCUAGAGAAAGAGGAGGCCAGUAAAAAAGAUGACAGUGCUAGUGCUAGGUCUGCAAACCUGGAGCCAGAAAGUAUUGUGGACAUUGUGGACACAAAAGGGAUGACUGAUGAGGAAAAAACUGUGAAAGCUAUAAGAGAGAAAGAGAAGGGAAAUGAGGCAUUCUAUUCUCAUGAUUAUGAGGAAUCCAUCUUGUACUAUUCUCGUAGCAUCUCUGUUAUACCGCUGACAGCCACCUACAACAAUCGUGCCCUGGCCUAUUUGCGGCAGUCUAGAUGGGAUGAAGCCAUCAAAGACUGCAACCAUGUGUUGCAGGAGGAGCCUAAUAAUAUUAAAGCGUUACUGCGGCGAGGCACAGCUAUGAAAGGCAAGAAAAACUGGGUCAAGGCUGAAGAAGAUGUGAGGAGAGUUCUGGAGAUAGAGUCUAACAACAAAACUGCACAGAACUUGUUGGAAGAAAUCAAAAAAGAGAUGGAAAAAGAAGCAAAAACUCGCAAAGAGAAGGGCAGACGCAUGAUAAUCAAAGAAGUUGAUAACAGUGAGGAUGAAGAUGGCAAAAGUGGAGACAUAGUUGUGGAACAGCCUUCACAAGGCAAAUGUUCUCAUGUAAAUGGAGUUCUACAUUCUGAGAAAGACACACAGAAGACAGUCAAGGUUUCGGAAGAAAAACACAAGAGUGGCACUGUGCCUGCGAAUUCUUCUUCAGAAUGUGGAGGACAGAAAGAAAUUUGGUUGGAGGAAGAGGUUGAACAGAUGAGUGAAGCUGUGAACUGUACAAGAGUUGAUGUUUCUGGGGAAGCUGGUACAGAUGUGUUAUGUGAGGCUUCAGUGAAUGUUAGUGUUCCAGACAAAGGCGAUGUAAAGGACCAACCAAAUAAACAAAACUCAGUUUGUGCAAAAACAGAAAAUUCUCAAGCAUUGUUAUCUUCAGGGCUUUCAAAUGUUGACAGCUCACAAGAUCAAACAGAUCAACAGAAUAAUGUGAGUGAGUUUAAAGAGGCUAAGGAGGUUAUAAUUGGUGAGGAUGCUGAGAAAGUGAAUCACAAAGAAUCUUCUGUAGGUGAGAUCGGAGAAGAUUCUACAAAUAAAGAGCAGGAUUCUGUUAUAGACACAGAGCGUGCAAAUGAUGGCUUGGAAAAGAAAGACAACUGUUUAGUGGAGGAAUGCCAGAAGCAACCCAUCCUAAUCCAGAAGACAUUAUCUAAAGAUAUAGCAGCCAUAAAAGAGAAGGGCAAUGACUUAUUUAGAGCUGGGCAGUUCGCAGAGGCCAUCAAUGUGUACUCUACUGUCAUUACUAAACUUCAAGAAGCACCUGGACAGGAAGUCAACAUUUCCCUGAUGUACAGCAACCGUGCAGCCUGCUAUCUUAAAACUGGUGACUGCCAAGCCUCCAUCACGGAUGCCACACAAUCACUUAACCUUGUGCCUCACAUGACUAAACCUCUGCUGCGCAGGGCAUCUGCCUAUGAGCACCUUGAGAAGUAUCGCCAGGCAUAUAUUGAUUAUAAGCAUGUGCUGAGUCUGGAUAACUCGGCCAUCCUUGCCCAUCAAGGAGCUUCUCGAUGCCAGCAUGUGCUACAGAAGCAGGAUGGAUCAAAGUGGAGAGAAAAGCUGCCACCAUUGGUAAGGGUCGACAGAUGGGAGGUUCCCAAAAUCCUAGAUGAAGAAGCUGCCAUGAGUUCAGUUCUGCCUGAACCCACUGAGCCACUCAUACUGCAUGAGACAAAUAUCCAGGAGUCUCAAGCAUCUUUUGAAGAGACAAGAGUGGCGUCCACAAAUAAGAAGACUACAAAGAGUCUCAGUUUUGAGGAGCAGUUUGAGAGUCACAAAGCUGAAGGCAACAAGCAAGUUCAAAAGGGACAAUAUGAGCAAGCCAUUGAGUGCUACAGAAAGUGCUUAGACCUUUUCAGCAACAAGGCUGUAAUCUACACCAACCGAGCUCUCUGUUUUUUGAAAAUAGAUAAGGCACAAGAAGCAGAAGAAGAUUGUAAUGCUGCUUUGAAGCUUGAAGAUAACAAUUCUAAGGCGUACUAUCGUCGAGCACUGGCACGAAAAAUGAAAGGCCAGUACAGAGAGUGUCUUCAAGACUUGCUAAAGCUGCUACAGCUAGAACCUUCCAACACAGCAGCCAAACGGGAAACAGAGAUUGUGAAAGGUUUAUACAAGGAGGAAUAUGAGAAGCUGAAGAGAGAGUCAUCUCAGACAAAGAGAAACAUUACGCAGGCUGAGAAAAAGAGGACAAGAGUUCAGAUAGAGGAAGUUGAUGACUCGGAUGAUGAGAAGGAAACACCAGCAAAUAUUGAAUCCAAGCCAAACAGCCAUCCGACCCUUCCACACACAGAAGUCUCUAAAGGAAGUCCACAGUUACCAGUUUCUGCACAGCCACUAGCAUCAGAGAUGCACAGCAGAUCCAAAACAGGUGAUGGAACCAAAAAGGUAGGAAGAGGAAAAUCCAAGGCAUCUGCAGUGAAACAGACUGGAUUAGGGCUGCCGGUUACCCCUACUCCCAGGACAACAGAGGGAAAGAUAACUCCAUAUGAAUUCAUUCAGCAGUGGAAUUCUCUGAAGCAGACCAAAGACAUUAAAGUCUAUGCCCAGCUGCUGAAGCAAAUUGCACCAGAGGAUCUCCCGAAAGUUAUCAGCAACAACCUGGAUGGGAAUAUAUUACAGACGGUUAUGCAGUGUGCUGCACAAGAUGCAAGGACAGGUGAGGUGGAUCAUGCAUACAAGGUUUUGUCCUAUCUGCGACAGGUUCCAAGAUUUGCAACUGUUGUAUUGUUCCUCUCCAAUAAAGAUAAAGAAGAAGUUAGCCAAAUUUUGGAUAUAGUUUCUGGCCAAGGAAUCUACCCCCAAGAAGAUGUGGCAUCGAUCAAAAAAGACUUUGGAAUCAAAUGUCUUUGACUUGUCGAGCGGUAGAUGCUGUUCAUGGUGAUGUGGUGCUGUAUGAACAGAUCAUGCUGCAUGUAUUCGACUGUUUACUUCAGAUUUUUGCUGAGGAUUUUUUUUAUUAUUAUUUUGUCUUCUUCAGAUGCAGAAGUGGCUGCAGUGUAAUAUUUCAGAGAAAGUAAUGUUGUGAAGUUUAGGAGAAAGGGUACUUAUUGGUUAAUGUUGAUGUAAUUUUGUUGUUUGAAAAUCCAGAAUUGAUAACAAAGUUAAUCAGAGGGAGAAACCUGAAGAGACACACAGAAAAGUUUUAGGGAGACAAGUUAGUUCUAUGGCUGAUUAUCUUCGAAGAUAUUUGAAAUGGGCAGAGAAGAGUCUUUUGCUAGCAGCAAAGAAAAGCCCAUAUAUUUUGUAGGAUCAUCCUCUCUCCAUGACUUACAGAAAGAAGUGUGAAACAGUCUAAAGUCCAAGGUUUGGGUGAAGUUUUAACCUAAGGACUCGUAUAUAAAAGCACAGAGACCAUAUAUGUAACUCAAUGUUGCUUUUAAGCAGCAUAUAUGUGCACAAACUAGGGCAGCAAUGUUUGUAGCAUAAUCUUUUUCAGGUGCAUUUUUUUUAAAGGGGCGUCGGUGGGUUGCAGGAAUUAGUAUUAGAUCACUUUUAUGAGAUUUUCUAGUAUGAAAAAGAAAAGAAAUAAUCUUGUCAUUAUUGUGAUAAGCAUGUUGAAAUACUUUAAAUCACUUGCAUUGUAUUGCAAUCCUGUGUGUUCCAGCUUGCAAAUGAUUGUUUUUGAUAGCCAUUUAGUCCAUUCCUUCCUUCAGCAAGCAGCAGAAUGAGGGCUAAAGAUAGUAUUCUAUGUUGCAAAGUAAUCAAGAAGACCAGGCCAUAUAUACAAUGGUCUAACUUUCUAGUCUUGAUCACCCAAAUCAUUCAGCAACAUGAAGCUGUUGCGCAGCAUUGUUUUCCAUUUACCUAGUAAUUCCAGUUGUGAUACAACCAGUUUUUUUGUUGUUUUCAUUGAAAAAACUGGCUUCAGAGUUUAAUAAGUAUUGAUUGCAUGUGAGUGGUCUGUCAUUGCAGAAGGGAAUCAGUUGCGCUAUACUCACCUUCUCCAGGUUGUUUGGUUUAAGUGGUUAUUUUUCAGGUUUCUUUCUCUUUUUGAAUAUAUUUUCUUAGCAAGGCAUCGCAACACCCACCUCAAAGCUCUAUCCAAAAACUCAUUUUGUGUGCUACCCAUGACAUAAAAAGUGCCAAGCCUUAGUAAAUUAAGCAGGCUAAAAAAAAAAAGAGCAAUAUUUGUGCAGUCUGUGACAUUCAUCUAUGAGUUGAACAAACAUUUUACAAACAUUGAAAAUACUGCCAUUUUGCCGUCUGAUGUUCCCUAAAUAAAACCAUUCACCUCUUUUUGCUGAGAUUACCAGGGUAUGUGUGGUUUGUUAGCAAGUUUGACAAUUCAUUGGGUUUGGCCAGUUGCAUUUAUGUUUGUUUUCUUCCUCUGUGAUCAGUUUUGACAGCAGUCCCCCAGUGUUGUGUUCUGUCCUAUUAGGAAUAUCCAGUCUGGCACAGAUCACUUGAUCCAGUUCUUAAGGUGAAAUAAAACACAGCUUGUAUGUUGACCUUUGUGAACUACCUAAGUCUUUCUUUGGAUGAGCAGUAAAUGUGAAUCACUGGCCAGGUUUUGUUAUGCGAGUGCUUGCAUCUCCCGUGAAACUGUUUCACUGAUGAUUUACCACACCUUCUGCUGAUUUUGUUUUCAAAACUGUAAUUUUAGACAUUUUUCAUCUUAUAAGAUGUGGUUGCAUUAACAACCAGAGUGGUGAUAACUUUGUCUAUUUAUAAUUACUUUUUGUAAAGAAUAUGUGCUUAAAAUAUUGUUUCACAAUCA